AUGAUUACACAAGAUGAUAGCCUUGUUUAUGAGGCAAAGCAUGUCUUCCGUUUUCUUUUAGCAACUGUUAUACGUCGAAUACAAAAUGUUGAUAUCAAUACAUUCGUUCUUGAACGUCUUCUUCCAUUAAUUUUUCAAACAUGUGAUCGUUAUAUUCAAACAGUUAAAAUAAAUUCUCCCGAUGAAUCUCAAAACUCAACAACUGAUUUUCUUAAAAAAAUGUAUAAAAAUGAUCUCCAUGUUGCUAUGUAUAAUCGUCAAUCUGAAAUAAAAUAUUUAAAACGUCUUAUACUUGAUUUAAUGCCAAUCAUAACACCAAAAUUUAUCUAUGAAUGUAAAGGUUCUCGUCAUUUUUUAAGUGAAGUAAUUGCUUGUCAAAUUUUAAUUGAUGGUAUUGAUGCUAUAUGUGAACCUAAUACAUUAAAUCGUUUAUUUCAUUUAUAUUUUACAACUGCUAUUCAACGUCGAAAUGGACUUUUGAAUGUAAUAAAUACUCCAACUAGUCCAUCAGUUGAAUUAUUAACACGUUUUUGUUCAAUGAAUGGUCCAAUACAUAAAAAUCAAUUAGCUUUAGAAUUAACGGAUGUUAUGUAUGAAAAAGAAUUAUUAAAUCAAUUUAGCCGUGUACUUGAUCGUCAUGAUUCUAUUGGUUUAUUAAGUAUUUAUGUAACAUUAUCUGAUACUUUAAAUGAUAUUCCAUCAGCAUCAAAUAUAUUAGUUCGAAAAAAAAUUUAUCAACGUUUAAAACAUAUUGAUGAACGUUAUUUAAAUCCUAAAACAUCUGAUGGAUUUGUAAGCAUUAGUAAUCCACAUGAUCCAACUGAUACAUUAAUAGAUGACAUAAAAACUUUAAUUUAUAAUGAUUUGGCAGAAAGUAUUAAAGAAGAAAAUGAAGAAAAUAAGUCAGAUAAAGCACCUAAAACAUUUGAUGUUCAACAUACAUUUACAUUAUUAUCUCGUUUUCAUUGUAAAAUUUAUGAAUUAGUUGAAGAAAAAUAUCAACGAUGUUUCUUAACAAGUGAUGAACAUUUUCUUUAUAUAUGUGGUAAAAGAAUGGAUUCACCUGAUUAUAAAAUGAAAGCUCAAAAUUUCGAUGAAAUUGCAUUAGAUUUCGUUCAUAUUGAAGAAAUCAGAAAUACUAAUGAAGCUGCAAAUAAACGUAAUGCAUCAAAACAUUAUACAACAACAUCCUACAAAGAUUUGGAAGACAGAGAUGAAGUACAUCUAAAAUGUCCAGAAGAAACAACGAGUAUUGGCAGUAAUAGUUCAUAUGAUGAUAGAGAUUUAAAUACAUGGCGUGUACUUAUCAGUCAUGCUGAAGAAGUACGUGAUAAUUACAAUUCAGCUGCAAAAUAUUGUGUAUUUAUUAUUGAAGUACAACGAAUGGAGACAAAUACUAUUAAUCCAAUGAUGAUUGAUGACGAAAAAACACAUUGGAUUGUCGCAAGACGUUAUCAAGAUUUUUAUUUACUCGAACAAAAAUUAACUGAAUUUCAUGGAGUUUUUUCUGAUGCUCGUUUACCAGCAAAACGAUCAGCAACAACAGCACGAAAUGUUGAAUUUCUUCAAUCAUUGAAAAAAGAUUUCGAAUAUUUUUUACGACAUUUAUUAUCGAAACCAACAUUACGUAAUAGUGAAUUAUUAUACAAUUUUUUAACACAACCUGAUGAUUUUACUCUACCAAAUGGUGAAAUUAUAUUAGCGAAAAUGUUUAAAGUUGUACCACGUCGAUUACGUAUUGAAAAAGGUCAAUAUCUUGAUCCAUUCCUAAUAUCAUUAAUCAGUUACGCUGAACCAGCUAAACCAAAAGCAACACAACCAAGUCCUAUUUUUAGCGAUAUUGUCGAAGCAAAGCUUCAAAAUUCCAUCUAUGGAAAUAAUGCGAAUAUAAAUGAACCUAUGGAGGAAUCACCCAUAGAAAAAUCUAAUCUUAAUGGAUAUGAUAGUGCAUAUGAAUAUAUGGUUGUUAUUGCUAAACAAAUCUUUUCAGCAUCGCCAUUAUUAAUUUAUGUAUUAGAUUUACUUCGCAUACCAUUAAAAAAUUCCUGUGAUACAUUCUUUUCACAUUUUGUUGAUAACAGUGUUGAUGAAAUCUUAGAAGACGAAGAAAAUAUCAUUGAUGUAAUUCAUGCUCUUCGAGAUGUAAUUUUUCCAAAUGAUGCUGAAGAUAAAAGUCCAACGGACUCAGUCAAUUUUGAUGAUGUUGUCGCAGCAGCUGAUGCAUUUUUGCCAAAUUUGAUCAAACUUAUACUUGGUAAAACCAAUAUUGAAAAUGGUUUACAAACUAUUUUAAAACAUUUUCAAGAUCCAUUACUCAAUAAACAAUUAUUUUAUAUAAUUCUCGAUGAAAUUCUCCUUCAACUUUUUCCUGAAUUACAAGCACAUUCUGAAAAAACAAUUACUCAUUUAAAUUAA